GGGUGGCGUUUGGGGUUGGAGAACUGAAACAUUAUUCUUUAGUUGUUAAUUUUCUCGAAAUCUAAAGGCACAACCUAGAUUCGAGCUAACAUCUUAACCAGUUGAACAUGUUAUUACUCCAACCUCGUGGUAGUGACAAACUGACACGUUUUCAUUUUCGUCAAAAAAAAAAAUAUAAUCUGAAGAAGUAGGAACAUCCGUGAAAAUGGAGAAAACCUCGAAAAAUAGCCCGCUGGAGGACGUUUGUGAAUUACCAAGUAUGCUCCCCAAAAGGCAAAAGGCAAAAGGUUGAGAUUUAUUUGCUAAAUGAUUAUUAUAAGUAUAUUUACAUUAUACAAUAUGGGAAAGUGGAAAAUGAACAUUUAUGAUAAAAAACAAAAAUUGAACUUCAUGAACUUUAACAAGAAGUAACGGAAGCGGAAAUAGCACAACGGACGGAUAAGGAAGUGAUAUUGGAAUUUGUGAAAACGUACAUUGAUCUCAUACACAACCAGUGAGGUAGCUACCGUCUUCGUGGUUGGAAACGGGCACAACCCGUAUACCUUCAGAAACAAGUGUCCUGUGUGAAGGUACUUAAGGUGUUCACUGACUGAAAGCAGGCAUGUCGUCAACAUCCCAGAAACACAAAGAGUUUGUGGCAGAACCCAUGGGGGAGAAGCCAGUCAAUGCACUUGCUGGCAUUGGAGAGGUGCUUGGCAAGAGACUGGAGGAGAAGGGCUUCGACAAGGCUUACGUGGUCCUGGGUCAGUUCCUGGUGCUGAAGAAGGAUGAGGAACUAUUCCGGGACUGGCUGAAAGACUCAUGCGGGGCCAAUGUCAAACAGCAGGGUGAUUGCUAUGGCUGUCUGCGUGAAUGGUGUGAUUCUUUCCUGUAGAGAAGGUUUUGUUUUUUUCCAUUUUAUAUAACGUUUUCCCAAACAUCUAUUUACUUCUGGUCUCACGUUAAAUGUCACUUCAUAUGGGAACACUGCACAUGAGGCAGUUGAGCGAAGUCAUACAUUGGAGCACCUGGUUAUUUUAUUCGAGUCACAAUUCAGAGACCUAUGGAUGCUUAAAAAUUAGUAAGACAUACUUUGCUGCAGUCAUCCAUGGGGUUGUUUCACCCAACUGUGUAGAUCUGUAAUCCUGACCUUUCCUAUGAUUAAUAUCUUUGGCUGUACAGAAGCCUUGUGGAUGAGUUAAUUUGUUUUCCUGCACUUUAUAUUUCAAUUUUGUUCUGUCAAAUUACCACUUUUUAUAAUUACUAUCCCUUCAUAAAUGUGUAACGAAUGCUUGUACUUAUCUCCAACUCUCUGACAGUUUGCCCCUGCAUUUAGUUAAAUGAACUUGUCGCUAAAUUAAUUAAUAGCAUUUUAAACCAUUUGACACCACAUGGCUUUGACAUCUAUAAGAUGUUGCACUGUUAAUUUUACAUCUGAGUUUACAGGAAACCGUUUUAAGAUUUACAUUUGUAAUUGCCCCAUGUUAUCUUAUGUGUUUGUUUUAAGAGAUGUUGAAGCGAUGCCUUAACGUUGUAAUGCUAAAGCAACAUUUAUCUGCAAUGUACCUUGAGUUGUGGAGCAGUGCAUGCGGAUUAAGAAGCUAGCUACUACAAAUCACCUCAUUUUCAAACUUCACACAAAUGAAAGCCUGAAGUAAAACCACAGUAAGUAGCACUUUUUCAGGAAUUCAUUUAUGAGCAUACUUGUGUUGCUCUCUGUUUAAUUGUUGAAGGAUGGUUUUACGGAAACACUGGUUCAUGUUUUUGCAUAUUGACAGUGAAAGCAUGUUAGUUUUUUUCUUUUCUUUUGAAAUAAGCAACUGCAAGAUCUGGACAAUUCUGACUGUUUUGUUUUUUGAAGAAAAAAAACAUUAAAAUUACAUGCACAAAUAUUUUUGGUGAUAGGAGUGUUUAAUUUAGUCUUUGAUUCCCAAGUCCCCUUUUAUUCAAAGCUCUUAAUUUGUUUUGGUAAGAAAUAUUGACAGUAAAGGUUUCAGUAACACUGAUCUAAAAAUUGUAAUAACAUUUCUGAACUUGAUCAGAUAAGCAACCAAAAAAACUGGUCUCGAAAAGAAUACCAUACAAAUUGCUGUUAUGUAUUUAUUAAAUGUACUGCUUAUUUUUGUUAAUGUCAUAUAGCCUUAGACAUCCACUUUGACAAAUUAAACCACUUAUCAAAACAA